AUGGAUGCCUCAGUGGGGAGGGAAACAGUAAAGAGGAAGCUUAAAUCGCGUCAUAUGCAGUUCUAUGCCAUUGGCGGUACCAUUGGCACUGGUCUCUUCGUGGGUAUUGGUGGUGGCCUCGCCCAGGCGGGUCCACUGUCUCUCUUACUGGGUUACUCAAUUACUAGUGUGUUUAUAUUCUCUAUGAUGCGAUGUCUCGGAGAGAUGACAACUUGGAUACCACUCCCUGGAGCUACACCGAGAUUCUGUUCUCGCUUUGUUGAUGAGGCAUUGGGGUUUGCAGUUGGUUGGAAUCAGUGGUACAACUGUGCAAUCACAGUCUGCGCAGAGAUAUCGGCCGCAGCUGCCGUUAUCCAAUUCUGGAAUGACACCAUUUCGCCCGCUGUGUGGAUCUCCAUCAUCCUCGUCCUCAUCUUCAUAUUCAAUCUGAUCGACGUGGGAAUUUUCGGAGAAGUCGAAUUUUGGUUCUCCUGCAUCAAGAUUGUGGCUCUGGUUGGCCUUCUCAUUCUAUCUCUUGUCAUAGACUUGGGAGGCGGCCCUACUCAUGAUCGACUUGGAUUCCGCUAUUGGAACAACCCUGGAGCCAUGGUGGAAUAUAUCGUCAAGGGCGACACAGGACGCUUCCUCGGACUUUUCAACGCCAUUGUCAAUGCUGGAUUUGCUUUUGCCGGUAUUGAAAUGAUUGCCGUAGCAGCGGGAGAGACAGAAAACCCUCGACAUAACAUUCCAAAGGCAGUGAAUCGACUCUUUUGGCGUAUCCUAUUCUUCUAUGUCCUUGGAACGCUUGCCGUCGGUGUGCUUGUUCCCUACACGGAUGACAGGCUCUUAAACGGCGGUGCAGGUGUUGCUAGCUCACCCUGGGUCAUUGGUAUCACGCGCGCCGGCAUCAAAGUGCUUCCAUCCAUUAUCAAUGCCGUCGUUCUCGUGUCCGCUGCUUCAGCCGGGAACGCGUUGCUAUAUAGCGGCAGUCGAUAUCUCCUUGCCCUUGCUGAGGGUGGUCAAGCCCCCAAAUUCUUGCUCAAGUGCACCAAGAGAGGAGUUCCAAUUUACUGCGUCCUCGUCACGGGUUCUCUAGCACCUCUUACUUACAUGGCUGUUAGCUCUAACAGCGCCAGGGUAUUUUCAUGGUUUGCCAAUCUCGUCACGACUGCUGCUCUAUUUACCUGGUGCAGCAUUUGCAUUGCAUACAUAGGUUUCGACCGCGCACUCCGUGCUCAAGGCAUAAACCGGAAGGAAGAGUUAGCUUUCGGCGGUUUCUUCCAGCCUUACCUCUCUUGGAUCAGUCUUGGAUUCUUCAUCAUUGUCAUUAUCUUCAACGGCUUUAGUGUGUUUAUCCAUGGUCACUGGGAUGUACAGAAAUUUGUUGUCGCCUAUGUUGGCAUACCCAUCUUUUUCAUACUGUUUUUCGGAUGGAAGAUUGUUAAGAAGACUAAAUUCCGCAACGCCAAGGAGAUUGAUCUUGACACUGGACGCCAAUUGGACGAGUCCACAGAGUAUGAAGAGAAGCCAAAGAACCUUGUUGAUCGACUUUGGGCAUGGGCCGCAUGA